UAAAGUACAAGUUCAACACCUCUCCAGCACAAACACAUUAAGCCAUAAAAAGAAACACAAAUGUUGGGAGGAGAAGCAGAUCGAGUGAGCAUAGAGGAUGAGACAGAAACAACAAAGGAGAUUACGGAGAAAAAGCUGAAAGAUCGAAAGGUGUCAUGGGCAAAACUACGUCGUGUAGACUCCCUCAAUUUAGAAGCUGGAAGAGUUUCUAUGAAUGCAAACCACAAUUCCAAGGUGGGUUGGAGCGUGACAUUGACUUUGGCAUUUCAAAGCAUAGGAAUUGUAUAUGGUGAUAUUGGUACAUCUCCACUUUAUGUGUAUGCAAGUACUUUCGCUAAAGGGAUUAAAAACAACGAUGACAUUCUUGGAGUAUUGUCUCUCAUAAUCUACACUAUUGUGCUUAUCCCCAUGCUCAAAUAUGUUUUCAUCGUCUUAUGGGCUAAUGACAAUGGCAAUGGUGGAGCGUUUGCACUAUACUCGUUGAUAUGUAGGCAUAUAAAGAUGAGUUUGGCUCCCAAUCAACAACCUGAAGACAUGGAACUCUCUAAUUACAAACUAGAAAUACCAUCUAGCCAGCAGAAAAGAGCCCAUAAACUGAAACAAAUGCUUGAGAAUAGUCAUUUUGCACGAAUUAUACUUUUACUUCUAGCUAUAAUGGGUACUGCCAUGGUCAUAGGAGAUGGGAUUCUCACUCCCUCCAUUUCAGUCCUUUCUGCUGUGAGCGGGAUCAGUACAUCAUUGGGUCAAAAUGCUGUUGUGGGCAUCACGGUAGCAAUUUUGGUUGUCCUAUUUUCUUUGCAACGAUUUGGUACUGAUAAAGUGGGAGUCUUAUUUGCUCCAGUUAUUUUAAUAUGGUUUAUUUUUAUUGGUGGUAUUGGUCUCUACAAUUUAUUCAAAUAUGACAUUGGAGUAUUAAAAGCUUUUAAUCCAAAAUAUAUUGUUGAUUACUUUAAACGAAAUGGUAAGGAAGGUUGGUUAUCACUAGGUGGAGUCUUUCUAUGCAUAACAGGAUCUGAGGCCAUGUUUGCUGAUUUGGGUCACUUUAGUGUACGAGCCAUUCAAAUUAGCUUUUCUUUUGUUACAUUUCCUGCAAUAUUGACGGCAUAUAUUGGGCAAGCAGCAUAUCUAAGACAAUUUCCUGACAAAGUGGGGAAUACUUUCUAUGAAAGUAUACCAGAUCCCUUGUAUUGGCCAACAUUUGUUGUGGCUAUUGGUGCUGCCAUUAUAGCUAGUCAGGCAAUGAUUUCAGGAGCAUUUUCCAUUAUAUCACAAGCCCUUAGUUUAGGUUGUUUCCCUAGAGUCAAGGUUGUUCAUACUUCAGCUAACCAUGAAGGUCAAGUUUAUAUUCCAGAGAUCAACUACAUGUUCUUGAUUGGAUGUAUUGUAGUUUGUGUUGCCUUCAAGACCACGGAAAAUAUUAGCCAUGCUUAUGGGAUUGCUGUUAUUGGUGAUAUGUUGAUCACAACAACACUAGUUUCACUUAUAAUGCUUGUUAUAUGGAAAAAGAGUUUAUGGAUGGUUAGCCUUUUCUUUUUUGUAUUUGGUUUCAUAGAGAUUCUUUAUUUCUCAUCUCAAAUAACCAAGUUUUCAAAAGGAGGAUAUUUUCCAAUUGUACUAGCUAUGUUCUUGACAAUGGUUAUGGGAAUUUGGCAUUACGUUCACAAAGAAAGAUACAUGUUUGAACUCAAAAACAAAGUCUCUACCGAGUAUUUGAGGGAAUUGGCAAACAGAACAGAUGUACACAGAGUGCCUGGAAUUGGACUUUUGUAUUCCGAGCUUGUACAAGGAAUUCCUCCAAUAUUUCCGCACUUUAUAGCUAGCGUACCAUCCAUUCAUUCAGUUGUUGUGUUCGUUUCUAUCAAGACAAUUCCGGUUAAUAGAGUUGCUUUGGAAGAGAGGUUUUUGUUUCGGCAAGUGGAACCAAGAGAGUAUAGAAUAUUUCGAUGUGUUGCAAGACGCGGUUACAAUGAUGUGCUUGGGAAUCCUGCGGAGUUUGAGUCACAAUUAAUACAAAAUCUCAAGGAAUUUAUUCAACAACAGGAUUUUAUGCUUGAGGUUAAUGAGGGUGCUGCUACAACUACAACAAGUGAACAAUUAGUAGUAUCUACUGCCAUUAAUGAAAAUGAUCAAAUGCAAGAUAUAUCAGGUAAAGAAGUGAAACCAAGGUCAAAUAAUUCUUCUGGUAGAAUUAUACCAAGUCAUGGUGUAUCAUCAGAUUCCAUUAGAUCAUUGCCUGCAAGUGUGAGAAAAUCAUCAAAUUUUUACGAACCUAUCAUCAUCCAAGGACCUGAAGAGGAAAUAAAAUUUAUAGAUAAAGCAACAGAAAAUGGUGUGGUAUAUAUGAUAGGUGAAGCAGAGGUAGUAGCUCACCCAAAUUCUUCCAUUUUGAAUAAGAUUGUUGUCAACUAUGCUUAUAGCUUCUUGCGCAAAAACUUUAGACAAGGAGAAGAUUCUAUAGCAAUUCCCCGCAAGAGGCUUCUCAAGGUUGGGAUGACAUAUGAAAUAUGAAACAAAGUGUGAUAUAUAUGUUGACCACUGUGUUAUUUAUGUGUGUUAUAUGCUAAAUAUGUAUCUUGAGUUCAAUUCUUCACCAAUUCUUGUAAUGUUUGAAUCUUGGAGAAGUUAAACUCAUUGCUCUAACAUAAAUAAAAAAAGCAUAUUGUGAAUUAAUUA